CUCCCACAAUCCCUUGCGCUUUGCUGUUUGUUCAGCAGUCGCUUCAGCGAUGCCGUUUUAAAUGAGACGUGAAAAGAACGCGCAGCAACAUCACAGACUUAUCCGGAUACUGUAUUUGUACAAAUUCAACAUGACAAGACGUUGACAGUUUGACAGCGCUGCUGUUCGUCUGUGACUCCGUCCUGGACUCCAGUGUUUGAUUCAUUACCACAGUGGAAGACAUGCUGGAAGCUUGUUGUGCUGCAAGAAUUCAUAGGCAGUGAACAGAGAUGAGUGAGUCUUGUGCCAAUGGAACUGGCCCACCAAGCUGUCUCAUUAAGCUGUGAACAGGAUGCCCCCUCUUCGUCACCCAUCACGGAGCAUCUCUCCCCAAAUGAGAGGCUGUUUGCUGGUAGAUAUGGCUGAAUAGCUAAGCCACACAAGAGAAAUGGCAUUACUUUAUGUAGAUUGUGACACAUCAGAGUACAUUUUAAAAACAGCUAAGGGUUAUCCUUUGGCCAGUACCAACAGAAACCUCAGGAAGACCUAAAACACUUUCAGAUGACUUUUCCAGCAAGAAGGAUCAAGACACCAGUUCUAACCUAUUAUCUCUCAAUUUGCCCUGUUGACAAGGUCACACUAUGGCUACUGCUAAUCCCAGUAGCAACAGUUCCUUAGUGGGACAAAACGCCUAGUGAAAGGCAAUAAUGCAGCGCAAUGGUGGUGGGGUGGGCACCGCAGGUCAGCCAUGGGUGUUUCGGCGCGUUCGUCUCACCUGGCUCAGUUUCAUGCUUUUCUUCAUUUUGGUCUUUUUCCCACUUAUUGCACACUACUACCUAACCACCAUUGAUGAAGCUGUGGGUCCUGAUAAGCGCAUCUUUGGGCCACGGCCCGGCGGUGAAUUAUGCGAAGCCAAACAUGUACAGGAUUUGUGCCGCAUCCGUGAGUCAGUCAGCGAGGAGCUUUUGCAGCUUGAGGCCAAGAGGCAGGAGCUCAAUGGAGAGAUUGCCCGACUCAACCUGCGCAUUGAAGCCUGCAAGCGUAGCAUUGACAGUGCAAAGCAGGAUCUGCUGCAACUGAAGAAUGUCAUCAGUCAAACAGAGCACUCUUAUAAAGAACUAAUGGCCCAGAACCAGCCCAAGUUGUCCCUACCUGUUAGACUAUUGCCAGACAAGGAAGAUCCAGGCUUGCCGCCACCCAAAUCUUCACGCGCCUGUCGUCUGCGAUCCUGCUUCAACUAUGCACGUUGUCCACUUACCUCCGGUUUUCCUGUGUAUGUAUAUGACACAGGCUCCUAUCCUUGGGGGGACUACAUUGAGCCACUGGUUAAGCAAGCAUUUGCAGCGUCAGUUAAGAGCAACAUAUAUGUGACUGAGAACCCCAAUAUUGCCUGUAUAUACAUGGUACUAGUUGGGGAGGUACAGGAGUCCCCCUCAUCCUCGCUCCCUUUUCUGUCAGAACUGGAGAAGCAGCUAAAAACUCUUCCUUACUGGAGGUCUGAUGGUCACAACCAUGUACUAGUACAUUUGUCUAGGAAGUCAAUGACACAGAACUUUUUGUACAAUGUGAGCACAGGUCGAGCAGCAGUCGCUCAGUCCACUUUCCUGGAGCAGCAGUACCGUGAGGGGUUUGACUUGGUUGUGUCCCCACUUGUUCAUGCUCUCUCUGAGCCAAAUUUUUUGGAAGUGCCCCCACAGGUGCCUGUAAAGAGAAAAUAUCUCUUCACCUUCCAGGGGGAGAAGGUGGAGUCACUGAGGAGCAGCUUGCAGGAGACGCCACCUCAGUCAUUUGAAGAGGAGUUGGAAGGAGAUCCACCAGCUGACUAUGAUGACCGCAUUAUUGGAACUCUAAAAGCAGUACAGGACAGCCACUUGGAUCAAGUGCUGGUGGAGUUCACUUGCAAGACUCCACAGCCAAGUCUGGCAACUGAGUGGGCCCUGUGUGGUGAGAGAGAGGAUAGGCUGGAGGUACUUAAAGCUUCAACAUUUGCAUUAGUGAUUGCACCAGGAGAUGGACAGUUGGUUGCCUCAGCAGGCUGUGGAAUGAGACUCUUUGAGGCACUUGAGGUAGGGGCUAUCCCAGUCGUGUUGGGGGACCACUCUAGGCUACCUUACCAGCAGUUCAUCCGAUGGAGUGAAGCUGCCAUUAUAAUACCCAAGCCACGAGUCACAGAGUUGCACUUCCUGCUACGUAGCCUGUCGGACAAUGAUAUGUUAGCUAUGAGACGACAGGGACGCUUUCUGUGGGAGACUUAUUUCUCCACCUCAGAGAAUGUUCUUAAUACUAUUCUAGCCAGUAUCAGAACUAUCAUCCAAGUUCCAGCUUCACCAAUAAAACAAGAACCAGCCCAGGAGAUUCCUCAUAAAGCUGGGAAACUGGCAGGAACUGAUGCCAACUUGGCUGACAAUGGUGAUCUAGACUUGGGUCCUGUUGAGACAGAGCCUCCAUAUGCUUCACCACGCUUUCUCCGCAACUUCACGUACACGGCUGUAGACACCUACAGAGCAUGGAACCGUGCCCCAGGACCCUUCCAUCUGUUCCCUCAUACGCCUCUUGACCCUGUGCUACCAUCUGAAGCCAAAUUCCUUGGUUCAGGUACAGGUUUCAGGCCUAUUGGUGGUGGUGCAGGAGGCUCAGGAAAAGAAUUUCAGGCAGCUUUAGGUGGUAAUGUGCCACGGGAACAGUUCACUGUUGUCAUGCUGACAUAUGAGAGGGAGGAGGUGCUGAUGAACUCUCUGGAAAGACUGAAUGGACUCCCAUACCUCAACAAGGUAGUUGUUGUGUGGAACUCUCCUAAACCUCCUUCAGAUGACCUGCUAUGGCCAGAUAUUGGCCUACCUAUUGUGGUUGUCCAUACAGAAAAAAACAGCCUCAACAACCGCUUCCUUCCUUGGGAUGCCGUGGAAACUGAAGCUAUCUUGUCGAUAGAUGAUGAUGCUCAUCUCCGGCAUGAUGAGAUUAUGUUUGGAUUCAGAGUGUGGCGUGAGGCCAGAGACCGCAUUGUGGGUUUCCCUGGCAGGUAUCACGCGUGGGAUGUCAACCACCAGUCUUGGCUGUACAACUCCAAUUACUCCUGUGAGCUCUCCAUGGUCCUGACAGGAGCAGCUUUCUUCCACAAGUACUAUGCCUACCUGUACUCCUACGUGAUGCCCCAGGCCAUCAGGGACAUGGUGGAUGAGUACAUAAACUGUGAGGAUAUUGCCAUGAACUUCCUCGUGUCUCACAUAACCCGCAAACCACCCAUUAAGGUGACGUCUCGUUGGACCUUCCGCUGUCCCGGCUGCCCUCAAGCCCUGUCGCACGACGACUCGCACUUCCACGAGCGCCACAAGUGCAUCAACUUCUUUGUCAAAGUGUACGGCUACAUGCCUCUGCUGUACACACAGUUCCGGGUAGAUUCUGUGCUGUUUAAGACUCGCUUACCCCACGAUAAGACAAAGUGCUUCAAGUUCAUUUAGCAGCGGGACCCCAAGCGGAGCGGGUGGACUGGCAGUGUUGAACAGGAACAGCAGCGCCCACCGUCAGUAGCCAGAAGACGCGUUGGCUGAGCCUCCAGAUGUAAACUUGAAAUGUUUGUAGGAAAAACUUCUCGAGCUGUGGAUGGGAUAAAUGUUGAUGAAGCUAAAUUACUGCUGCCAACAAAAUAAGCCUGGUUUAGUGGAUCUCAUGGUUUUUGUUUGUUUUUCCCUCCCACGUUCUUGAAUCACACUCAGUCAUCAACCACUACAGAUGUCAAAGGCUCC